CAGUCCGCGUUCUGCAGCAGCUGCAGCCUGAAUUUGACCUUCUGAAUUAUUCAACCCUUUGUCUUGCUGUACAGGUGUGCGACUCGGACACCGUUCUGGAUCCGGCUUGUACUAUAGAGAUGCUGAAGGUUCUGGAGGAAGACCCGAUGGUGGGGGGAGUCGGCGGGGACGUGCAGAUCCUCAACAAGUACGACUCGUGGAUCUCGUUCCUGAGCAGCGUGCGCUACUGGAUGGCCUUCAACAUCGAGCGAGCCUGCCAGUCCUACUUCGGCUGCGUCCAGUGCAUCAGCGGCCCGUUGGGGAUGUACAGGAACUCCUUGCUGCAGCGCUUCCUGGAGCCCUGGUACCACCAAACCUUCCUGGGCUCCAAGUGCAGCUUUGGCGACGACCGCCACCUCACCAACCGGGUGCUCAGCUUUGGCUACAAGACUAAAUACACGGCGCGGUCGCAGUGCCAGACGGAGACACCCACGCAGUACCUGCGUUGGCUCAACCAACAAACACGGUGGAGCAAGUCUUACUUCCGUGAAUGGCUCUACAACGCCCUCUGGUUCCACAAGCACAGUCUGUGGAUGACCUACGAGUCGGUGGUCACCGGUUUCUUCCCCUUCUUCCUGGUUGCAACAGUGAUCCACCUGUUCUACCGCGGGAGGCUCUGGAACAUCCUGCUCUUCUUGCUGACGGUGCAGCUGGUUGGGAUGGUGAAGGCCACCUACGCCUGCUUCCUGCGAGGAAGUCUGGUCAUGAUCUUCAUGUCGCUCUACUCUCUGCUCUACAUGUCCAGCUUGCUUCCUGCCAAAAUGUUUGCCCUGCUCACCAUCAACAAGGCCGGAUGGGGAACGUCUGGCCGUAGGAAGAUAGUGGUCAACCUCAUUGGCGCUGUGCCGGUCACAGUUUGGGCGCUGGUGCUGCUAGGAGGCGUAGCGUACACCGUCUACUGUGAAACCCAGGAGCCAUUCAGCGAAAUGGAGAAGGCCUUGUUGAUAGCGGGGACAGUGCUGUACGCCUGCUACUGGCUCAUCCUGCUGGUGCUGUACUUAGCCAUUGUAGCAAAACGAUGCAACAAGAGGGAGGAGCAGUAUCACCUGCCGUACGCGGAGUCCUGAACCGCGGCGGCCGGAUGGCUUCCAGGUUUGACUCUACAAGGUGGAGCAAAGAGCUGGGAUCUUCAACACUGGUGCUACAAAGAUGAGAAUCUGAAAUCUGGGAGAUGGCUGGUGCUUCCACUGUUUGGAUUCAGACCUUAAAGCUGCAGUGUGUGACUUUUAUUUAAAAAAUGUUUUAAACCUGUCACCAUGUCAGGAGACAAUUAAUCUGUUGAUAUAAUUUAUCUCCUCCCUGAGACCAAAAACAACAAAUCAGAGCCAGAAGGCGGGUCCUAGCGCCGUCAAUAAACCUCAUAUACUGGUUGCUAAAUGUGCUAGUGGCGGAAACAACUCAGAUGACAGGAAAACCUUUUAUCCACCUUUAUCGGUGGCUAUGCUAACUAGCUUUAGCAUUCACAACAAGAUCUGCUGACGGGGAAAAGCUGUAGUAGGGAUCAAGCAGGGAAUGGAAGGGGGAUGAGCAGCACUGCACAAGAUUGUGAUUGACAGCACUUAGACCGGCCUCCUGACUCUGACUGGUUGUUUUCUUCAGAGAGGAAG